AUGAUUUCUGUGAAGGUUGGACUGCUAGCCAUACUGACGUCUUGUGUAGUGGCUCAUCCACAAUUUGGUGGUCUGCCGGGCGGUGCUCAACCAGGCCUUCUUUCAGGCGCGGGAGGCGCUGCUCUAGGAGGCUUACCAUUAGGUGGACUAGGUGGUCUUCUCGGAUCACUAAUCCCUAUAGUUAAUUUUGGAAUCACUGCUGCUGGUCCAAAGCAAGGGGGAAACUCACUCCAUUUCAAUAUCAGGGCAGGAUGA